AUGUUUCUCAAGUUUGCCAUCACUUACUAUCAGUAUUCACCGCAUCGACUGACGGCACCCGAAGCCGGACACAUGUAUACUAUUGCAACAGUGGUCUUCUCGGUUGGCGAAGUAGUGAACAUUGUGUUAGCCAUGUAUUUGUCGAUCAAUGCCGUAGGCAUAUUGUUUGCAUACUUUCCCGUAAUUAUGGUGGAUAUGAAAUACAUUUUGGAUACCGAUAUCAAAUUGAUAUCAUUGCAGACAACGUUUGAAACUAUUGGCAAUACUGUGGGAACAUUUGUUGGACUAACUUACAAAUGGUUAAACCGGCAGAUAGUGAUGGCCAUUGCCUUUAUUAUGAUGUCUGUCCUAUACGCGUGCACACCAUUACUGACCAGUUUAUGGCAACUAUACGUAAUUGCCUUCUUGUUCGGUGUCGGCUCGACUGUCAACAUCAGCGCCUAUAUUGUCUGGACUAUUGAACUCUGGCAACAUCGUAGUGCACCGGUAUUACAGUUUAACGCAUUGGGCUUUGGUCUGGGUACCUUUAUUGGCACAACCGUUAUGUCAAUGUAUACGACCGGCAACAUUGAACCGGGAAAACCACUGGUGCCGGUUGAUGUCAGACAAGACAGGCUAACGGUGCCAUCAAUUGUACUGUGCUCUGUACUAACAAUAGUUCCCAUUGUAUCGCUUGUUGUUUAUAUUAUUAAGCCAUACAAAAUACCAGAAAAUAGUAGUGUUAGUAAUAAUUUCUCUGAUAAUAACAAUACAGUUGAUAGUAAUCUUAUGGAAAUGGAUGAAAAUCAUAGUCGACAACAACAACAACAUAACCAACAAACAACUGAUUUGAAACUGUUUGACGACCCGCGCAGUCCGCGUAUAUUAAUGCGCGUAUUGUUUACCCUAUGGUUUGGCGCUUAUAUACUAAUGGAGACAAUGUUUCUCAAGUUUGCCGUCACUUACUAUCAGUAUUCACCGCAUCGACUGACGGCACCCGAAGCCGGACACAUGUAUAGUAUUGCAACAGUGGUCUACUCGGUUGGCGAAGUAGUGAACAUUGUGUUAGCCAUGUAUUUGUCGAUCAAUACCGUAGUCUGUAUACACUAUACACUAGUGGUUGUAGGUAUAGUAUUGUUAAUUGUUGGCCACUGGUAUCUAACAGUGCUAUGGGUGGCCAGUUGUGUACUGAUGGCCGGUUGUGCGCCACUUUUUCCAUUAUCAGUUUCGUUUACGAGUCAAUACCUAACUUUUAGUAAUACAAUGAGUAAUGUUUUCCAAUUUAGUAGGGGUUUACUACUAUUGAUUACACCCUAUAUUAUCGGUGAGUUUAUCGAUGGCUAUCCCUUUAUAUUUUUCUGA